AUGCGUUACGCUAUCUCCCCGAUCGCGGGCCUAGAUACCCGGGAUUUGCAACGACACUGGGAAGCGCCACAAGAUACUCGCCCAAAACGUCUCAUCGACCUCAACCUGUCUGUUGCUGCGGCACACAAACUCCACAAUGCCGGCUUGUAUAUCAACCACAGUCCUGAUAUUCUCUCGGGGGCCGAAAAAGAACAUCUCGCCAGGACCAUCACCAAUUUCUACGUCUCAAAAGGUCUACCCGCUUUCUAUGUCCGGGUACACUUUACCGAAGAUGCCCCCGGUACUGCCUUUAUCGGCGGCGAAAACCACACCAAUUAUGCGGGAAUAACGAUUUAUCAUCUGGCACGCACAUUCCAGAGUGAUGAAGCUAGACAGCGUUUCCUCUCAGGUGUUGACAAGAUCCCGAAUCCGGUGUUUGCACCCAAAGGCAUGGAUUGGGAGUACUUCAUUACAGAGUCGUCGAGAGAUCUAUGGAGGAUGAACGGUCUUGUACCUCCGGAGGCCGGAUCUGAUAGCGAGAAGGAAUAG